AUGGAGGGUGCGUUCAGGAGACAUCUUGUCUCGCCUUUGUUCAAGUUCACAGUGGGCGCCGAAAAGAAGGACAUCACGGUUCAUUCUUCUGCUUUGGCAGAGCUUUCCCCGGCUCUUAAUGCUCUUAUGAAUGGUGAAAUGGUUGAGGCCAAAACGAGACACGUCGACUGGUCCGAGGUCGAUGUUGACACAUUCGUUCGGUUAUGCGAAUUUGCCUAUUUCAGGAACUAUACGCCCCCGCGAUCUUGCCUCAUUGAAGGCCGGAUCCCUCUAGAAACCGCAAAGCCGAUAAAGAAAAAAAGAAAAUCCAAGAAACGUCGCUCGAACGUGUUCUGGGACGAGCCUUUGCCAGAGCCUACGGCCGCGCCCGAGCCCGAGCCCGAGCCUAUAUUUGAGCCCGUACCUGCGUCUGCUGAAUCUUUAGAUGAAGGACCCAGAUCCGAGGAGGAAAUUUGCAAUGACCCAGAAAUUGCGUACAAGGAGCGAAGUGUCUGGACUGGACACCUGCGAGAUAAAUUUACAAGCAGUCUGGUCAUUCCCUAUACAGAGAAAGAUCUAUCAGAGACCAGCUUCACACCACCUCAGAUUGCCGGUUCUUGGGAAGAUUUCCACCCUGUCUUUCUCGAGCAAGCGAAACUUUACGUGCUCGCCGACAAAUAUGGCAUAGAGUCUUUGCGUCGACUAGUCAUUUGCAAGCUACAUCAGACGCUGAGCAAUUUCAAGCUAUACGAGACAGGGGUGGUCAGUAUCAUUGAAUUCGUUCGAUUUGUCUACUUGAACACACCGCCAAAUAUCGGCAGCGAGAUGGAUGCCAUGAGAAACUUGGUAACACGUUAUAUAGUAUCUGUUCUUGGACAAAUGGGCGAGACAAAAUGUUUCCAAGAGCUUUUAGAAGACGGUGGUACUUUUGUCACUGACUUCUGGCGCAUUAUUUGGAGCGUUGAAGGGAAAGUCGAAGUUUGCGACUAA